AUGCCAAAAGCAUACAAUGCCCAAAACCUAGGCUGUACUGUACAAACCACUACCCUAAUGCAUGCGUGCAUGUCACGGUGGAGCAGAAAUCAUCAGCUGCUGCGUGAGAGCGCUUUUAGUAACUAG